CUCAAUCGACACACACAACAAGGAGGAGGAGGAUAAAGAUGGGCGUCAAGUUCCUCUGGGAUUCGUUUUAAGACAGUGGCAUCAGCGAUUGAUCCAAAUGACUGACUUCACACUACUUGUGAAAAAAACUUGUUUUAAAGGCUGAGAGACCAAUUUAUUCCCCAUAGCUCUAACCUAUAGUCUUCAGCUCCAAGUUUCUCACACAGUUCAGCAACCUAUGAAAAGGAAUAGUGCGAUUUACGCGCAGUUGAUGCCUUCGACAAGCCGCCCCUAUCACAUGCCAGUCAGUCUCGAAUCUAUAUUAUUGCCAGACUCCGGCGGCGGACCAUAAGAGGAAGAAGUCUCCGAUGGAAAAUCAUGCAGCGCUUUGAACCCAUGGAGACAUGGCACAUAUGUUCCUCUCAUCUCCGAACAGAUCCAGCGCCAGAUUCGCCUUCAUAUUCACUGUGUCACUGUCCUGCACCUACUUAUGCUACAGUAUUAUUUUUUGCCGCAGCACAAUCAUGACAAACCAGGGUUACGAGGGGAAAAGAUGUUCGCCGAGCAAGAACGCAGGAGGGAAGAAACUUCUUGGAAAAUUAGACAAUUGCGCAUCGCUGGAAGUCAGGUCCGCUGCCCGGCGAGGAUCAAGUGAUGUCCGCGAACAAAGUAAAGCCCCUGGCUCGUCUGGAAGCCACUGGGCUGACAUGAAGUUGAGAAACAUGAGUGUUGCGCAAAAAUAUGGGAAUAAGAAGCUGCCUAAUGCGUUAAUAGUCGGUGUAAAGAAAGGAGGCACCAGGGCGGUUCUGGAGUUCAUCCGGAUACAUCCAGAUGUGCGCGCUCUUGGAACAGAGCCGCACUUUUUCGACAGGAACUAUGACAGAGGGCUUGACUGGUACAGGGGACUAAUGCCUCGAACACUAGACAGCCAGAUCACAUUAGAGAAGACGCCCAGCUACUUUGUCACCAGAGAGGCACCCAGACGCAUCUCCAGCAUGUCCCACGAGACCAAGUUGAUUGUUGUGGUGCGCAACCCAGUCACAAGAGCCAUCUCCGACUACACACAGACUCUUUCCAAGAAGCCCGACAUCCCCACGUUUGAAGAGCUGGCAUUUAAGAACAAAAGUCUGGGUCUCGUCGACUCUUCCUGGAACGCCAUUCGGAUCGGGAUGUACAUCCUGCACCUGGAGAACUGGCUGCAGUACUUUCGCCUGUCACAGAUGCACUUCGUGAGCGGGGAGCGGCUGAUCACGGACCCGGCAGGGGAAAUGGGCCGCGUUCAGGACUUUUUAGGACUGAAACGAAUAAUCACAGACAAGCACUUCUACUUUAAUCGAUCCAAAGGCUUCCCCUGUCUGAAGAAGCCGGAGAGCAGUAGUCAGCCGCGCUGCCUCGGCAAAUCCAAGGGCAGGACUCACGUACAGAUCGAACAGGAGGUCAUAGAGCAGCUGCAAGAGUUUUAUAGGCCAUUUAAUAUCAAAUUCUUUGAAACUGUGGGGCAGGACUUCAAGUGGGAAUGAGAGUGCUAUACAGAAACAGAGCUGUUUUUAAAAUGGCUAGAGAAACAUAGAUGAGGACACCUUCAGCAAAAUGUUUAAAUAACAAGUUUAUUGAGCUGUCUAUACAUUGAAAAAUGAAUAUAGGAGAAUAUACAACUUAUUAGAAUAUACUCUUAUAAAUGGUUUUACAUCAUGAUGGGAUUUUGGUUGGUUCAAUCUGAUAACAAGUGCCAUUUCUUUGAAAGAUAUAUACAAAAGUCACGUUUCUUUCCCGCAUACAAGACAUAUGAAUUCAUCAACAGACAACCAGCAUUGAUUCAUUAACCAAGUCAUUAACCAGCAACCGUCACAACGCCUUCCUGUCAUUAAGCCAUGCCAGACCUACACUAAUGACAUCGCUAGAAUAUUCAUUCCUGCUCUGAAUGAUCCGCCGGCUUUCCCGUUAAAGUGAGCUCUCAACAUCAAGUUGCACCAAAAUGUCAAAUGAAUAAUGAAAUCAGCCUGGCAAUUAUUCUGCGGAGAAGUGUUCCUCCUUAUUGUUGAUGAAAGGUCAACAGUGGCAGGUUUACUGAAUACAUGUACUGUAACUGAAAAGGAAAACAAGAACAGCUAUAUUAAAAACAGAUGCUAUAACUCUGACAAACUUCAGCGCUUUCUGUGUCAGUAUUUUUGUUGUGAUCAUCGAAAUAAAAGGUAAAAGUCUUGAAUUCAAGUAU